AUGAUUUUUACUUCAAUUUUAACCGCAACUUUUUUGACAUCAAGCACUCUAGCAAUCUAACUCAGUGACGUCCUCUAGAAGAGUAGAAUGCAGCUUUCGUGGAGACAGGAAGCAACUAACAAGUUUUCUUGGAAUGCAACACAAGAUCUAAAAUGGUCUGUAGUAAAUGCCUUCAUUGAUGUGCAGACUUCCCCAGAUGGAGAUGUUUACGCAAUUUAAAACAUCAGCUCGGAGAUGAGUGACCCCAAAUAUCAUAUUUACUUGUAUGAUGUCACUUCCAAUCUUUGGAAUCUUACUGAUCCUGGCUUCCAAGCAAAGGCUGUCAGAUUCGACAGAUUAGGAAAAAGGUUUUACCUGACUCCAGAUAACUGCGUCCUCAACGAGCAAAAGCAAGUAUUAUUAUGCGGAGUCUCAGAUUUUGAGGUUACAGUUGAUAAAAAGAUAUAUGGCCUUAUUGAUAACUCAGGAAGAUAAUAAGCUGAUUCACUAUCAAGUACAACUUGGAAGGCAGCAUCAAAUGAUUCAAGCUACACUUACAAGGCUCUUUCUGGAUACAAGGGAAUCACAUUACUGAGAGACGAGCCUAUCUUACUCUCUUAAGAUGGCACGGUUGAUGCUAAAUAUGGAUCAGAGAAACUCAUGAGCAUCAGUGCUGGUAUUGACGGCUCACUUUGGGCUUUACUUGAUGAGAUCAAUGCCAUUGAUCACACAGUUCUCAAAUGGUAGACUGUUACUUAGAAAUGGUACAAGGUAGAGGGUGCUUCUGGAGUAAGUCUCUCUGCUUACAAUGAAAUUUCAGUGGCAAUUGUUGAUUCUAGGGGACUUCUUAGUCUAUCAUCGCAAGUAGGACAUUAAAAUGAGGCUUCUUAUGUUGUGAAGAAUUCACCUUAAGCUACUUCUCCUGAGACAACUGCGCCAUCAACAACUUAAAUGCAAACUAGUCAACCACAAACAACUGCUCAGCCCACUACUACUAUUGCUACUACAACCACAACAACACCAGAGCCAACCACUACAACAGCUACAACAGCUGCAACAACAACUGCAGCUACAACAACCGCAACUACUACUGUUCCACCACUUCCUCUUGUGCUCCUUCAACCUUCAGAUUCCAUUCUUACUCAUCCAAACUUCAAGUUCGUCGCAACUGCUGUCACAGGGAAGAACUUUACCAAAUUCACGCACUUAUUUACAGCAAAAAGGAAUGGAGGUUAAACCUAUAACCAAGUUUAUUAAAAGAUCACAGGGAUAAGGAAUAUCUUCGGAUUCAUCAAAACUAACUCUUCCUAAGUGCUCGGCUUUUAUGUUCAAGAAGCUCUUGGUGUUACUCCAACAAAAACAGCUAUCUUCUCUGUAACUAAGGCUGGUGUAUUUAAUAGCCUAGAUAGCGGCGACGAUCUAAUUCGCUUCUAAGAUAACGGCGCAUAAAGAUGCUAUGUCCAGAAUCAUUAUGCAGAUAUAUUCUUCUCCUAUAAUUGUGCUGAUGAACCUGAAACUUUUGAGAGAGUCCGUAAUGGAAUUGCCCUUGAAUUUGAACAUUCUGCAGGAUAUCCCUAAAUAAAGGUAUCAAACUACUUAACAGAGAAUCUUGACCCUAAAAAUGAUUCUUUCGUUUGUUAAUAAGUAGAGUACUAUCAAGGAGAAUAAUGA